CGAGAGCCGAGAGGUAAGAAGACAGAAAAUGGCGGCUAUGCGAGAAACAAUGUGUUAUUUUACAUAAUAUUUCAUCUUCACCCUAUCUUGUAAGAAAUUGUGCCAUGCAACACAACGAGAAAGGAGGCUAAUUUCUUAGCGUUACUUAAAUUUUAAAGAUUUGGUUUUAUCGCUUAUUCGAGGAUUGGGUUAAUUUCAACGAUACAACUCUGAUCUUGCCUUGUCGAAAAUGGACGACUAUCCAGAACUAAAUAGUCUAUUGUCAAUGGUACAACAAAACGAUACACACAAGAAAAUUAUGGCCAGCGAAGAGUUGAAGAAGUAUCUGAGUAAUCCUCUAAGUCCGCUUACUGCUGAUGCGAUCGAUUGCCUUGUCGACAACUUUAAAAUAUGGAUAAACAGUGGAAAUUAUAAGAUCAGUGCUAGUGGUUUGGAAUUAUUUACAAUUCUUAUUAGAAGAGGUGGAAAAUCUGUAAAAUUGAAUUUGAAUAAAGUUGUCCCUAUAAUCAUUGAUCGCCUUGGUGAUAGCAAAGCAGUGGUUCGAGAAAAUUCGCGAUCAUUCCUUCAGGAACUAAUGCACUCAUUCACCCCUCAGGUUGUAUUAGAUUUGUUGAUACCAGCAUUUUCUCAUAAAGGCUUUAAAGUUCGUGAAGAAGUUAUGACAUGUUUCAUGGAUUCAAUCAAUGUAUUUGGUGUAACCAAUUUGUCUAUAUCAAAGUUCACCCCUCAUAUAUGCAAAUUAUUGGGUGAUGCCAACAGUCAGGUGCGGGAUAAUGCCAUUCGUACUCUUGUUGAAAUAUAUCGACAUGUUGGUGAAAAAGUUCGCAUUGAUUUAAGUAAAAGAGGAAUUCCACCUACAAGACUUUCAUUGAUCAACUCAAAAUUUGAUGAAGUGUUAAAGUCUGGUACUAUGAUUGCUUCGGCUACGGACGGUCCACCAAAAGCGAAUGGGGAUGUACAAGAACCCGUCAAGAGGCGAGAAGCAAGUGUUAAACUGAAGAAAUCAAAUUUGCGAAAUGAAGCAAAAAGCGAAGGAUCCUCAACAUCAGGACUUGCUGCGGGUGCUGUCGAUGAAAAUGAUUUUAUUCGAGCAUACACGGAUACUCCAACUGUCCAGAUUGGUUCGGCCAGAGAGUUGAGUGAUGCGUUAACAAAGAUUUCCAACGCGUUAUCAAGUCCAUCAGAUGACUGGGAGGAACAUGUUGCAGCAUUAAAAAGAGUCCGUAGUUUGGUGGACGGAGGUUCGCUUGAUUUUGACUUUAUGACACAAUUGAAACCUUUGGAAGGUGCUUUUAAUGCGGCUGUCAAAUCAUUGAGAUCUGCUGUGGCUAGAGAGGCAUGUGUGACAUUGAGCUAUCUUGCUACAAAACUUGGCAAUAAAUUUGGUCCAGUCGUAGACUGUAUUCUUCCAACGGUAAUUGACCUAAACGCGAACACUGCGACUAAGGUAAUGGCUUCGUCUGGGGAUACAUGUGCAAAGAUAAUCAUUAAGAACACCCAUUAUCCCAGACUUAUUCUUCACAUUACUACUCGAAUGGCGUCAAGAUCAACACCUGUCCGAAUUCGUUGCGCAGAUUAUGUUGUGCUACUUUUGGAAUAUUGGGAACUGCAUUAUCUAAAAUCACAUGUUGAUGAAUUAGAGAAGGUUGUUCGAAAUGGCUUAAGUGACGCAAGUUCUGAUGUCCGUGCAAUUAUAAGAAAGGCGUUUUGGCAAUUUUCGAAAUUAUUUAAAGACAAGGCAGACAAAAUGUUCAAUGACUUAGACAGAAGCAAACAAAAACUACUUGAAGUUGACAAAAAGUCUUCUGAUAUUGAUCAUACAGUUGAAAAAUCGACGAUUUCUUCUCGCGGUUCAAUAAGAACUCGACCGACCAGUGCGACUUCAAGAGUAACGAGGACUGAUGUAGUCACUAAUAAUAAACCGACAAGAUUAAAUUCAAGAGAGGCCUCACCAGGACGUCGAGCGUUACCUGGAAAGAAAAAUAACUCUUCAACUCCCAGUCGAAUUGUUACUAGAUCAGUCAGUAGUGUCGAUGCUCGUGCAGCUGAACGAGCGCGCAUGCGUCGUAGAUCAAGAACAGAAGAUGCAGUUAAACCGUCAAACUAUGCACCAAGUGAUGUUAGACCUAGACCAUCACGGUCUUCAUCGAAAGUCGUUCAUCGAGGAUACAUGUCACAACCUGCUAGUCGCUCUACUUCACCUUCACGCCUCCAUUUUAUGUUUUCACCGAAAGAAAGAUCAAACGUAUAUUCUACUAUGGCAAGUCCUUUAAGAUCAAAGAUACCGACACCAAAUUCCCGUUCUGCAUCACGAUGCAACUCACGUGCCAGUAGUCGUGAUCCUAGCCCUACACGUGAUCGUGGUUUACGUAGUUUCAGUAGCAGUAGCUUACAUGGAAGGAAACCAUCUCAUGUGAGGAGACUGGAUGCGAAGGAUUUUACCGAAGCUGCUUUUUGGGAUGCUUUGUCGAAAAGUCCACGACCGCGAAAUUACUCGUUUAAUUCAACAUGUUCUGAAGAACAAGAUGAAGGCAGUGAUACAUCUAGUGUACACUCAGAUAGAUCAUCUUCUGUUAUGACAACUCUGGAAAUCUCCGAAAUUACUCGUUUGUGCCAAAGCAAGAGUUGGUCUGGAUGUGAUGCUCUCACUGCUAUUCAAGCUUACCUUCGAACUUCACGUACUCACACUCAUACGGAAAUCGUAGUCUGUGUUGAAUGUUUCCAUCGGUUUUUCUACGAUCCUCAUAAUAAAGUCUAUAGUGCAUUCCUGGACCCCCUUACGGAUUUCAUGGUUAUACAUAAAGCUGACCUUAACGAAUGGUUAUUUAUUUUGCUGACACGAUUACUUGGUAAACUGGGUGGUAACUUACUUGCUUCUGUACAUUCCAAAGUUGUUAGAGUCUUGGAUGUUGACAGAGAUUCGUUUCCGUUGUACGUUCAAUUUUCAGUAAUGACGAAAUAUAUUUCUAUGUCAGAAAUACCAAAUCCAAAGACCAGAGUUGCCAUCUUAAUUUAUUUGCAAGGGCUCAUUGUACGGUUGGAUGCUGCAGACUUUAUCAAUUCAUCGGAGACGAGGCUGACCGCAUCACGAUUAAUCGAGUGGAAUUCGGACCCGAAAAGCGGCGAGGUUCGAAAGGAAUCUGCGAAUGUCGUGAUUGCGUUAUUUGAAUUGAAUACUCCAAUAUUCAGUAGCAUGUUGCCUGAGUUUUCAAAAACACUUCACGAGACCGCCAAAAAACUUAUCCUUAAUCACUUGAAGAAAGUUGACAAUGAUCCUAGGGCGUACACUUCAAAGUCCGAUGUAUCAAACGCAAAACCGCCAUCCUCUCCUGGUCGCCUUGGUUACCGUAGUAUUCCUCUCGCAGCGCCAAGACAUUCGAGCAAUGGCGAUGAUCCGGUUGCAUCUGUAGAUGUUGUUUCCAAUGAACUUUCCCCGUUACAACGAGAGGAUAGUGCAACAUCUCUACGCUCGAAUGAAAGCUCUGAAUCCUUAGAAGGAAAGAAAGCAUGUGGAAACCCCCCGGAAAAUUCACCGAGUAUUACGUCAUCUGGUUAUCAUAGUGAUGAGAUCCAUACAAAUGAUACAGUAAUUAAUAACAGCUCACGUCAUGUGUUACAUUCAGAACCGAAAUUACCCAUAAGUCCCUCCUUCUCUGUCUCUAAAAAUACUGAGUACGAUGCUUCUCGCUAUCAAGAUGAAACAUCUCGUGUUUCGACCGAUACAAGUGUAAAUGGUGUUGAUACCAUACAAGAUAAUGUGACAGUAUCCCUAUCGAAUGAAUCGUCUGAUACAUUUAAUAAAGGUUACAAUCUUAUUUUACUAUAACAUUGUAUUGUUUUCACUUCUAAACACUGACUGUUUUAAAGAAAUUGAGAUUCUAAACUAGAAGUGUAUUACUAUUUUUAUUAUUGAUGCUAAUAUCAUACGUACUUAACAUGUUAAGGUGUGCAAAAUUUCGUAUUAUAAAACAUAAACUUGAAACUGAACAUCGAAAAUGUUUCUAAAGUGAAUGGUUCUUGCGAAAACAUUGGAACAAAGAAAACUUUCCUCUUUGAACUAAAGGGAAAUGUUUGUAUGUAUGGCAGAAGAUAUAUAUCUGUCAACUAAAAAUAUAAUUCCUAGUGUCCUUGUAAUUUGCUUAAUUCUUACACAAAUGUUAGGAAAUAAAGUAAAUGGUUUGAA